AUGAUUUUGAAAUCUUUUCUACUAGGUAAUCUAGUAUCCUUAUGCAUGAAGAUAAUCAAUUCGGUCGUUGUGGUCGGACUCUAUUAUGGAUUUCUGACCACAUUCUCCAUAGGGCCCUCUUAUCUCUUCCUUCUCCGAGCUCAGGUUAUGGAAGAAGGAGAAGAAGGAACCGAGAAGAAGGUAUCAGCAACAACAGGUUUUAUUACGGGACAGCUCAUGAUGUUCAUAUCGAUCUAUUAUGCGCCUCUGCAUCUAGCAUUGGGUAGACCUCAUACAAUAACUGUACUAGCUCUACCGUAUCUUUUGUUUCAUUUCUUCUGGAAAAAUCACAAAAACUUUUUUGAUUAUGGAUCUACUACCAGAAAUUCAAUGCGUAAUCUCAGCAUUCAAUGCGUAUUCCUGAAUAAUCUCAUUUUUCAAUUAUUCAACCAUUUCAUUUUACCAAGUUCAAUGCUAGCCAGAUUAGUCAACAUUUAUAUGUUUCGAUGCAACAACAAGAUGUUAUUUGUAACAAGCAGUUUUGUUGGUUGGUUAAUUGGUCACAUUUUAUUCAUGAAAUGGGUUGGAUUGGUAUUAGUCUGGAUACGGCAAAAUAAUUCUAUUAGAUCGAAUAAGUACAUUCGAUCUAAUAAGUCAGAAUUGAUAAAUUAUAUGGCUCGAAUAUUUAGUAUUCUCUUAUUUAUUACCUGUGUCUACUAUUUAGGCAGAAUACCGUCACCCAUUUUUACUAAGAAACUGAAUCCACAAACGGAAGAAGGGUGGGAAAGUGAGGAAGAAACAGAUGUAGAAAUAGAAACAGCUUCCGAAACGAAGGGGACUAAACAGGAACAAGAGGGAUCCACCGAAGAAGAUCCUUCUCCUUCCCUUUUUUCGGAAGAAAAGGAGGAUCCGGACAAAAUCGAUGAAACGGAAGAGAUCCGAGUGAAUGGAAAGGAAAAAACAAAGGAUGAAUUCCACUUUACAGAGAUACGCUAUAACAAUAGCCCAGUUUAUAAAGGCCUCUUCUGGUUUGAAAAACCUCUUCUGACCUUUCUUUUCGAUUAUAAACGAUGGAAUCGCCCAUUACGAUACAUAAAAAAUAAUAGAUUUGAAAGGACUACAAGAAAAGAAAUGUCACAAUAUUUUUUUUAUACAUGCCGAAGUGAUGGAAAAGAAAGAAUCUCUUUUACGUAUCCGCCUAGCUUGUCAACUUUUGGAGAAAUGAUACAAAGAAGGAUGUCCCUGCCCACACUAGAAAAACUCUCUUCGGCUGAACUGUACAAUCAUUGGGUUUAUACUAACCAACACAAAAAUAACAACUUAAACAACGAGUUUUUAAAUAGAAUUGAGGCUCUAGAUACGGGAUUUUUUUCUCUAGAUAUACUCGAAAAAAGUACUAGAUUGUGUAAUGAUAAGACUAGAAAAUAUUACUUGCCUAAAAUGUAUGAUCCCAUUUUGAAUGGGUUAUAUCGGGGAACAAUCCAAAAAAAAAUUUCACCUUCAAUCAUAAAUAAAAUUUCGUUAGAAAAUUUCAUAGAGACAUUGGAAAUUAAUAAGAUUCAUAGUCUCCUUCUUCCUGAUACUGAUUACCAAGAAUUUGAACAGAAAAUAGACCAAUUUGAUAAAAAAACCUUUUCAACGGAAAAUCGUCAUUUAUUUACUUUAAUCAGUAAAUUGGAUAGAGAAUCGGGAUCGAGGAAGGGCCUCUCUUUAUUUUCAGAAAAAGAACAAGGAGGAGUUGGUUCAAAAAAAAGAGACAAAUUUUACAAAUUUUUAUUGAAUACAAUUCUAACUAGCCCUAAUGAUCAAAAAACAAAACAAAAAUUUGUAAUAAAAGAAAUCAGUAAAAAAGUCCCUAGAUGGUCAUACAAACUUAUUACCGAAUUGGAAUUCCUAUCGGGCACAGCUCAUGAAGGCCUACCAUUAGAUUAUCAGAUACGUUCAAGAAAAAGGGAUGGUAUAAUAAUUUAUAGGCCUACUAAACGUAGUCGAAAUGCAAGUAUCAAAAAUUGGAUGUCUUUUAGAGACUAUUCAGAAGAAUCAGAUUUUCGUCGAGAAUUCAUCAAAGGUUCUAUGCGUGUUCAAAGGCGUAAAACUGUUAUUUGGAAAUUGUUUCAAGCAAAUGCGCAUUCCCCUCUUUUUUUGGACAGAAUAAAAAAAUACCCACUUUUUUCUUUUAAUAUCCCUGAACGGAUGAAAUCUUUUUUUAGAAAUUGUAUGGGUAAAGGAUCAGGAUUGAAAGAUUAUACGGAAGAACAAGAAGACAAAAUAAAGGAAAAAGCGUCGAUAAAAAUCGCGGAAGCCUGGGAUUUCAUUCCAUAUCCACAAGCAACAAGAAGUUUAAUUUUAAUAAUUCAAUCAAUUUUUAGAAAAUAUAUUUUAUUACCUUCAUUGAUAAUAGUUAAAAAUAUUGGGCGUAUUUUAUUAUCUCAACCCCCCGAAUGGACUGAGGACUUCGAUGAGUGGAAUAGAGAAAAGCAUAUUAUAUGUACCUAUAAUGGUGUUCAAGUAUCAGAAUUCGAACUUCCCAAAAAUUGGUUUAAAGAUGGUAUUCAGAUAAAAAUAGUAUUUCCUUUUUAUUUGAAACCUUGGCACAGAUCCAAAUUGAGGACCUCUUUUUCUUCUUAUAAAGAUCUAAAGAAAGAAGAACAACCAAAAUUUUAUUUUUUAACGGCUUGGGGAGCGCAAACUACCCUUAACUUUGGUUCUAUCCCUCCAAAACCUUCCUUUUUUAAGCCUAUUUUAAAAGAACUUAAAAAAAAAAUGCAAAAAACGAAAAACAACAAUUUAAAAGUUCUAAGAGUUUUAAAAGAAAGAACAAAAGAUUUUCUACAAGAUUCAAAAGAACCAAAAGAGGUGAUUAUUAAAAACGUUUUAUUUCUGUUUAUAAAAAGAAUAAAAAAAGAACUCUUCAAAAUACAUCCAACUCGAUUAUUUAUAUUGAAAAAGGUGUAUGAAUCCGGCGAAACUAAUAAAAAAAAAGAUUAUAUAAUUAGGAAUCACCAAAUUCACGACUCGUUUAUAAAAAUUAAAUCUACAGAUAAUAAAAAUGAUUCACUGAGAGAUAAAAAAAUUAAAAAUCUGACUGAUAGAACAAGCACGAUAAGAACGAAAACAAAGGGUCUUAUGAAAGAAAAAAACAGUAACGCCAAGAAAAGAGGUAGUCCUAACAAAACAAGUUUUAAUAGAAAAAACAAAUCACCAAAUAUUCUUUUAAAAAUCUUAAAAAUAAAAAGAAGAAGCACUCGAUUAAUCUAUAAAUUCUAUUUGUUUAUAACAAUUUUCAUUAAAAGAAUAUACAUCGAUAUCUUUGUAUGUAUUAUUCAUAUUGCCAGAAUUUCUACACAACUCCUUCUUGAAUCAAUAAAUUUUUGUUUUGAUAAAUACAUUUACAUUUACAAUAAUAAAACAAAUAAAACAAACUACAAUAAUAAAACAAACCAAGAAAUUAAAAAAAAAAAAGAAAUUAAUUUUAUUUCGACUAUAAAAAGUGCACUUUACAAUAUCCAAAAUAGUAAGAGGAAUUCACGUCUUUUUUUUGACUUAUCCUCUUUAUCACAAGCAUAUGUAUUUUACAAAUUAUCACAAACCCCAAUUAUUCAUUUUUAUAAGUUAAGAGAUAUUUUUGAGUAUAAUGGAACUCCUUUUUUUCUUAAGACUGCAAUGAAAAAUUAUUUUUUAACACAAGGAAUAUUUCAUUCCGAAUUAAGACAUACUAAACUUUCAAGUUAUGAAACGAAUCAAUGGAAAAGCUGGUUAAGAGGUCAUUAUCAAUACAAUUUAUCUCAGAUUAGGUGGUCUGGAUUAAUACCAAAAAAAUGGCGAACUACAAUAAAUGAAGGUGGUAUGACCCCAAAUAAAGAUUUAACAAAAUGCAAUUCGUAUGAAAAAGACCGAUUACUUUAUCACAAAAAACAAAAGGAUUUUAAAGUAUAUCCAUUACCAAACCAAAAAGAUAAUUUUCUAAAAUACUAUAUAUAUGAUCUUUUUUCAUAUAAAUCUAUUAAUUCUGAAAUUAAGAAAUCCUCAUAUAUUUUUUUUGGAUCACCAUCCGAAUUAAAAAACAACCAAAAAAUUGCUUUUAAUUACAACAAGAAAAAACAAAAUUUAUCUGAAAACCUGGAGGAAAUUCCUAUCAAUCAUUAUCUAGAAACGGGUGAUAUUAUGUAUAUGAAAAAAAAUCCGGACAGAAAAUAUUUUGAUUGGACAAUUUUAAAUUUUUUUAUAAGACAAAAAAUAGAUAUUGAGGCCUGGACCAAAAUGGAUUAUAACAGUAAUAUAAAUACUAAGCUUGGAAAUACGAAUUACCAUAAAAUUUAUAAAAUGGAUAAAAACGCUAUUUUAUCUCUGACGAUUCAUCAAGAUUUAGAAAGAAAUCCAAUCAAUGACAAGAAAAUUUUUUUUGAUUGGAUGGAAAUGAAUGAAGAAAUCCUAAACCCAAUAUCGACAAAUCUGAAACUUACGUUCUUCCCAGAAUUUGUGCCACUUUACAAUGUAUACAAAACAAAACCAUGGAUUAUACCAAGCAAAUUACUUCUUUUCAAUUUAAAUAAAAAGAAAAACAUCAAUGAGAAUAAAAAAUUCCACUUUUUUAGACCAUCGAAUGAAAAAAUAUAUUAUGAAUUAAUGAAUCGAAAUCAAGAAGAAAAAAAAACCGCAGGCCGAAGAGGCCUUAGAUCAUAUGCACAAAACCAAGAUAAAAUGAAAAAAAAAUAUAAGAUCCGGAAUAAGAUGAGACGAGAAAUAAUUUUCUUACGGAAACACUAUUUGCUUUUUCAAUGGAUAAUAGACGAUGGUUUAAUUCCGAAGUUAACUGAAAGAAUGAUCAAUAAUAUCAAGAUAUAUUGUUACUUGCUUGGACUGAGAAAUCCAAGAGAUACUACUAUAUCGUCUAUUCAAAGGAAAGAAUUAAAUCUGGAUAUAAUGGUGAUUCGACAAAAAUUGACUCCUAUAGAAUUGAAUAAAAAGGGGAUAUUUUUUCUAGAUCCCACCCGUUUGUCAGUAAAAAACGACGGAUACUUUAUUAUAUAUCAAACCGUAGGUAUAUCGUUGGUUCAUAAGAGUAAAUACCAAACUCCUCAAAGAUAUCGAGAACAAAGAUAUAUCAAUAAAAAAAAAUUGGAUGAAUCUAUCCCAAGAUAUCAAAUAAUACUUCGAAAGCGAGACAAAAAACAUUAUGAUUUUGUCGUUCCUGAAAAUAUUUUAUCGUCUAGACGUCGUAGAGAAUUGAGAAUUCUACUUUCUUUCAACUCAAAGAAUCUAAAUAGUGUGGAUAAAAAUCCAGUAUUUUGUAACAAGAAGAACAUAAAAAGAAGGAAUCCUUUUUUGGAUCAAAAAAAACAUCUUGAUAGAGAUAAAAACGAAUUAAUUAAAUUAAAGUUAUUUCUUUGGCCUAAUUAUCGAUUAGAAGACUUAGCUUGUAUGAAUAGAUAUUGGUUUAAUACCAAUAAUGGAAGCCGUUUUAGUAUAUUAAGAAUAUAUCCACAAUUCAAAAUAGGUUGAUGGUCCAUUUUUCCUAUCUAUUUUGUACCAUAUAGAAAAGCAAACAGAUGUACAUAUGCCCUGUCUUACCUCCCAUAUAGAUCAUUUUUAUUUCAUUAAUACAAAAUAAAU